GGACUGUCUCCUCAGCUAAACAAUAGACUCCAACUUCCCACACUUCUCCAUCUGCCACAACUGCUACAUUUGAGUCUCACUGCCAGCCGGCCAGACAUAGUCCUGUCCAGAAUAAAAACCAAGGGAAAAAUGAGCAAUAUGGCAACAGAAAUUGUUGCUUUUCUCCUGAGCAUAUCAGGCUGGAUCCUGGUGUCAUCUACUCUGCCUAUUGACUACUGGAAGGUGUCUUCUGUGGAUGGGACUGUCAUCACUACGGCAACCUUCUGGUCUAAUCUGUGGAAGACGUGCGUCACUGAUUCUACGGGAGUUUCUAACUGCAAAGACUUUCCUUCCAUGCUGGCACUGGACGCGUACAUCCAGGUCUGUCGGGGGCUCAUGAUUGCAUCCGUGUGUCUGGGCUUCUUUGGGGCCAUCCUAGCCCUGGUGGGGAUGAAGUGCACCAAGAUUGGGGGAUCAGAGACCACUAAAGCCAAGCUCACUGGCCUCUCAGGCCUCCACUUCAUCCUCAAUGGGCUCUGCUCUCUGUCUGCAUGCUCCCUUUAUGCACACAGGAUCACAACCGAGUUCUUUGACCCACUUUUUGUUGCCCAGAAGUUUGAGCUGGGGGCAGCUCUCUUCAUCGGCUGGGCUGGCUCUGUGUUGUGUGUACUGGGAGGUCUCAUUUUCUGUCUCUCGCUAACAGAAGGCUUCAGCCAGACAAAGUACUCCUACAGCGGGGCUGCAUCAUUGGUAAACACACGCAACCAACACAGACAAUCUGGUAACGCUUUCCAGAAAGAGCCGAGGGACACUGCUGAAUCCUCCAGACAGUUUGGUAGGAACGCCUACGUCUGACAAUGCUUUUAAGAUUUUCGGAUGAAGAAUGGUUCCAUAAUGUUGGUUUGGCAUUUUUAUUCAGCCAUUUCUCCAAUUGUGUGGGUGAACCAGGCAAGCCGUUAAAUCAAUCGGAUAAUGUAAUAUGUCAGUGGGUAUCCAGUCAGUGGGCUAUAAACAAAAUACAUCAGAUAAGUUUGUUUCCUAGGAGAACAGGAAAUUCUGUUUGGCAUGGUACACCCUUGCCCGGUCACCUUGUAAAACUGGGAGAUGUCCAAGUCUCAUGUUGUUGACUGCGUGUGACUCAUAAGGGGUCUAAUGUUGAUCAUGACAAGACACAACCGCACAGGUUCAUACUGAGGGCGCUGCUCUACUGAACAUUUAGUCUCUCACAACCCGUAGUCAAAUCUGUUUAAUGACUCUUUUACAGCAAUACUUAGCGUUAGAAGAGACAGUAGACUGACAAAAAUCCUUUGUAAUUAAUGAACAUGAAACAUUUCUAUAAGACAUUCUGUAAAUAAACAGUUGUGUGUAAUACCCUGGAAUUGGUGAAUGUAUCACUUAAUUACACACCCUGAAGUUCAGCGCUCCCUCAGCAGUCCGUGUUGUUAACCGACAGGGACUCGAGUCUCAGAUAUCCUCAGAAAAAGAGAGGAAGGAGUCGAGUCAAUAGACAUCAUUGUGCGCCAUUGGGAAGUCGUCGUACCUUUGCAAUAUGCCCCGCACUGAAAGAUGGAGCACCUCCACUGACAGAAGAGGGCCUCAGCUGUCUAGACCGAAACACAGAUGCAAGAAUCAACGGCAGACAUGCCUCUUCUAUCUUGGAAAUGAGAUCGGAAGUGCUCCCCCUCGCAGUGCUGUCCAUCUCCACCUACUGAUCAAUGGAAACCUUAACCCUUUUAUGCAAAUCAGCCUUAGGGGCAGAGGGAUCUCAGCCCAGCUGACAGGAAGAGAGAGGCGGCCCCGGGAUAUGAGCUUCUGUACUGUCAGGGGUCUGGUGAACAAGCACAGCAUCUCACUCACCUCUGCCUUCAGGUUUUGGUGAUGUUUAAGGAGUAUUUCUGGCCGAAAAGAGAACGAACACAACGACAUUUUCCAUCAAAUUGAUAUACUAACUCUGUGCAAUGACACUACACGCAAUAAUGAUGACACAAUGCACUGUCAAAAUCAAACGUGUCUUGACAGUUUACCAUGGAAUAUAUGAUUUGCGUUGCAUGGAUGCUUCACCACCACCAGAGGGCAAUAUCAAUGUCUCCACUUUAGCCUUCCUUGUCAAAUAUUGCGUUCUCAUUUUCUAUUACAGUUUAAAUGUUUUGAGGUCCCUUUAUUCUAUCCUUUGGCAUCAGUUCCAACUCUGUUUUUAAACAAACAAAACCAGUGGAGAAUAUUAUUACUAUCAGCAUCACCCAAGACCAUCAAUACUUCAGGGCUUAUGUAGCAGGUAUUUUAGCAUUAUACCUUCAUAUUACACCUUAAUGAGGUGGGGCCCUGCCAGCUAACACACAUAACCCUUCUAUUGUUCUGUCUCUCUUAUCCCUUAACUAAUAAAAGCCAUGACACAGCCAGCUAGCCAGACUUGCCUCAUAGGCCCCCCUGACUCACAACUCUGCCGCCAUUUCAGAAUUCACUGUUCUUAUUUGGUCCACUUUGCCAAUAACUUUGCCAGUAAGCCGAGGAAACUUCAAACAAAGACGACCCUUCUCAUCUUCACUCACCACAAGAAAAUCCAUCACUCCCCAUGGAACUAAUAACACCAGAGCCAUGGAUUUAACUCUCAUUACUUCAGCGCAUGUUUUAAUUAGGACACAUCCACUCAGGCCCUAUGACCUGGCACAGCCGGGGGCAAUGUCAACAGACUUUGAUGCUGCAAGUUAUGUAAUGAGUUCCUCUUUAACCACUGAAAAUGUGUUUUUCCGGCAAAUAUUGUAUUAACAGAAAGGUUAAAGCUCAAACAGUUUCUGCAACUAUAUUUACUAUAAAAAAAAUUAAAAAAAAUAAGUGAUGAUUAAAUAUCAAGGGUUAUUUGUACACGCUAAACCUUUAUUCCAUGAUACUUUUUUACUCUUUACACAACUAUGAUCGUGUUAAUAGUUUUUAUUAUCCCUCACAAAACAUUAAAAUAUAGGACAUAGGUGAAGAUGACAGCUGAGCCAAUCUGAGCUGCUGUGCUGAGGUGAGCAUUUUGAAGCAACACAAACUCAACACCUUCUGCAGGUGGUUCUGGGAACCUGACCG